UAAGCUUUAGGUACUCCUACUAUUUCAUUGUCUUCUCUAUUCGGCCAUUCCUAUCUCUGAUAUUUAUUGCCACAAUCUCUCUCUCCGUCAGUCUCUCAUGACCACAAAACUAUAGCUACCAUUACACACUUUUUUUUUCCUUUUCGCUUUUUUUGUCACUUUCUCUCCAUAAAAUAUCUAGCUCCUUUCAUUCUCUUAUUCCACUCGUUAAAUAGCUCGAAUUUGUUUCCUCCAGCUUCAGCUUCAGCUUCAAUUGCAUCAUCACGUUAGCUGUAUCGCUUUCCUUCCAGAUUUGGAGCGAGCAUCUGCAACUGUUUUGCAGGUGAUCUUUAGAAGCUAGUGAGAACUAGCAGCCUAGCAGGCAUGGCUGAUGCGGUGAAGGCAAACGGUAGUACGACUGAUAGGAUUAAAAUUUUGGAGAAGAUUCCGCCUGUUGCAAAUCCGCAGGCCAAAGAUCCAGCUGCAAUUGCCUCUAAUAUCAACUAUCAUGCUCACUAUAGCCCUCACUUUUCCCCCUAUAAGUUUGAGCCGGAGCAAGCAUUUUACGCAACGGCGGAAAGCGUUCGUGAUCAACUGAUCAAGCAAUGGAAUGACACGUAUAGUCAUUAUCACAAAGUCAAUCCUAAGCAAACAUACUAUCUAUCCAUGGAAUAUCUCCAAGGUCGUGCUCUGACCAAUGCAGUCGGAAACCUAGAUGUGCAAGAUGCGUAUGCUAAUGCUUUGAAGCAACUCGGUUAUGCACUUGAGGAAAUAACUGAGCAGGAAAAAGAUGCUGCACUUGGUAAUGGCGGUCUUGGGAGACUUGCUUCUUGUUUUCUUGACUCAAUGGCUACUUUGAGCUUACCUGCAUGGGGAUAUGGCCUGAGGUACAGAUAUGGUCUAUUCAAGCAACUGAUGACAAAAUCAGGCCAAGAGGAAAUCGCUGAAGAUUGGUUGGAGAAGUUCAGUCCAUGGGAAAUUCCUAGACAUGAUGUUGUCUUCCCUAUAAGAUUUUUUGGUCAAGUUGAGGUCAAUCCUAAUGGAUCACGAAAAUGGAUCGGUGGAGAGGUCAUACAAGCAGUUGCAUAUGAUGUACCAAUCCCCGGCUACAAAACAAAGAACACUAACAGCCUUCGCCUCUGGGAAGCCAAAGCUAGGGCUGAGGACUUCAAUUUAUUUGAGUUCAAUGAUGGAAAAUAUGAAUCAGCUGCAUUGCUUCAUUCAAGGGCUCAGCAGAUUUGUGCUGUUCUGUAUCCUGGAGAUGCUACUGAAGAUGGCAAACUUUUACGACUGAAGCAGCAGUAUUUCCUGUGCAGUGCAUCACUCCAGGACAUCAUUACUAGAUUUAAGGAGAGAUUAGGCGGAAGAGAUAAGAUCCUGUGGUCUGAGUUCCCUUCUAAGGUCGCAGUACAACUGAAUGACACACAUCCAACUCUUUCAAUACCGGAGCUGAUGCGUCUUUUUAUGGAUGAUGAAGGCCUUGGAUGGGAUGAAGCUUGGGAUAUAACCAACAGGACAAUAGCUUAUACAAACCAUACAGUCCUGCCUGAGGCUCUGGAGAAAUGGUCACAAACUGUCAUGUGGAAGCUUCUUCCCCGCCAUAUGGAAAUCAUUGAAGAAAUUGAUAAGAGGUUUAUCAAAAUGAUACAGUCAACCAAACCUGAAAUUGAGGGAAAAAUUUCUGAUCUGCGUAUUUUGGAUAACAACCAACAAAAACCGGUUGUGCGGAUGGCAAACUUGUGCGUAGUGUCAGCUCAUACGGUGAAUGGAGUUGCUCAGCUUCAUAGUGACAUCUUGAAGGCUGAGUUGUUCUCUGAUUAUGUCAAAGUAUGGCCUACCAAAUUUCAGAACAAGACCAAUGGUAUAACUCCCCGCCGAUGGCUCAGAUUUUGCAACCCCGAGCUUAGUAGUAUUAUCACUAAAUGGUUAAAAACUGAUCAAUGGGUUAAUAAUCUCGACCUAUUGGUGAAUCUACGGCAAUUUGCGGACAAUUCAGAACUCCAAGCUGAGUGGGAAUCAGCUAAAUUGGCAAGCAAACAACGGUUGGCAACUUACGUGCUUCAGGUUACUGGCGUUAGCAUUGACCCCAACUCACUUUUUGAUAUUCAAAUCAAACGGAUCCAUGAGUACAAAAGGCAGCUCAUGAACAUUUUGGGUGCUGUUUAUAGGUACAAGAAAUUGAAGGAGAUGAGCCCAGAAGAACGUAAAAAGACAACACCUCGUACCAUCAUGAUUGGAGGAAAAGCAUUCGCAACAUAUACAAAUGCUAAAAGAAUUGUUAAGCUAGUAAGUGAUGUUGGGGCUGUUGUGAACACUGAUCCAGAAGUCAAUAGCUUUUUAAAGGUCAUUUUUGUGCCCAAUUACAAUGUCUCUGUAGCUGAGGUGCUUAUUCCGGGAAGUGAACUAUCACAGCAUAUAAGUACAGCUGGUAUGGAGGCAAGUGGCACAAGUAACAUGAAAUUUGCUCUCAAUGGAUGCCUCAUUAUCGGAACCCUAGAUGGAGCUAAUGUUGAAAUCAGAGAAGAAAUUGGUCAAGAAAAUUUCUUUCUUUUUGGUGCAACAGCUGACGAAGUUCCUCGGUUGCGUAAAGAAAGAGAGCAAGGACUGUUUAAGCCAGAUCCACGAUUUGAAGAGGCCAAACAGUUCAUAAAAUCUGGAGCAUUUGGAAGCUAUGAUUAUAAUCCACUCCUCGACUCGCUUGAGGGAAACUCUGGCUUUGGCCGUGGUGAUUAUUUUCUUGUCGGUUAUGAUUUCCCCAGCUACAUGGACGCCCAGGCAAGGGUGGAUGAAGCUUACAAGGACAGGAAGAAAUGGACAAAGAUGUCGAUUCUCAGCACUGCCGGAAGCGGAAAGUUCAGCAGUGACCGGACCAUUGGCCAGUAUGCAAAGGAAAUAUGGAAGAUAGAUGAGUGCCGCUUGCCUUAAGCACAGACAUGGACGCAUUGUAAUCUCUGGCUUGCAAGAAGAAGUUGAAUAAAUAAACAGACAUGGUCAUAUUAUUAUUUGCUUUCUUUCAAAGUCUAUUACUCUUCCCUUGUGCCUUUGGUAUAGUAUAUAUUAAUGCCAGACGUUUAUUUUUCA